CGUCUGUCUCCUUCUGUCUCCUUCCUCGCCGUGGGUGUGACGUCUCCUUUAAGAAAGCGGAAGUGAGCCGUGGGCUGUUAACGCGCUGACGAUGUGGGCAGGAAAUGCCGUUGAAAUUGAGCAGAAGCGUCAACGCUUCUCGGCGUACUCGCCCGAACGGAGGACCCCCGAAAAUGCGCCUCGGUUGACUCGGUCGUCAACGUCCUGGGAGCGGCCACUCUCCCCCGGGGCCGGGCUUGCGACACCCGCACGCUCGGUGUGAUUCCGGCCGAGGCGCUGCAGCCUUCCCUGGCCUUGCUCGCUCGCGUUGACGGCUUCGUUGCGGGACAACAACAAAAAAGGAGGUAUCUGGCUAUUUUCCUCUCCUUUUUCUUCUCUCCACGACCAUGAGGGAAUACAAAGUGGUUGUUUUGGGCUCGGGUGGAGUCGGGAAAUCUGCCCUCACUGUUCAGUUUGUGACGGGCUCCUUCAUCGAGAAGUACGAUCCCACCAUCGAGGACUUCUACCGCAAGGAGAUCGAGGUGGACUCGUCCCCGUCCGUAUUGGAGAUCCUGGACACGGCCGGGACCGAGCAGUUCGCCUCCAUGCGGGAUCUGUACAUCAAAAACGGACAGGGCUUCAUCCUGGUCUACAGCCUGGUCAACCAGCAGAGCUUCCAGGACAUCAAGCCUAUGAGGGACCAAAUCAUCCGGGUGAAGAGGUACGAGAGGGUGCCCAUGAUCUUGGUGGGUAACAAGGUGGAUCUGGAGGCAGAGAGAGAGGUGUCCUCCGGGGAAGGCAAGGCCCUAGCCCAGGACUGGAACUGCCCUUUUAUGGAGACCUCUGCCAAAAACAAAGUUUCCGUGGAUGAACUGUUUGCAGAAAUUGUCAGACAGAUGAACUACUCCACUGUUCCAGCUGGAGGCGACCAGUGUUGUUCUUGUGUUCUGCUCUAGAAAAAAACCACAAUCAGAUAAUUGUGCUUUUUUUUCCCCCCUUUUUUUUAUCUUUUUAAAUCAUGCCUUUUCACUUUUCAAGUAUUUCUACUCACCGUUGUCUUAUGGUUUCGCACAAAAGGACAACAAUUUGCUGUUUGUAUUAGUUAGGGUUACAAAGGUGGAAGGGAUAUUUGGAAAAAAUCUGAAUUGGAAGCUUCCCAUGGAACAUUAGUGUCAUUUAAGAGAAAUGCAUUGAAUGUCAACAUUCUUUUGUGUCAUAAAUCCACGCAAAAUCGACAGGUCUCCUUGCCGAUGGAAAUCCAGAAGGGCCUAAAUUAAAUAAAUAACAGCAAAAUUUUCAAAUACCAUUUUGUUAAAUAACAAAUUGUGUAAUAUGGCCCAUAAAAUGUGAAAUACGGUAAUAUUAUUAUGAAUAGAUUUAACAGGAUAAAGAGCGAUUUUCAUAUUUAUAUUUUUUUUAAUUUCAGAAUGCCUUUUUCCACAAUAGUCUUUUGAUUUGAUAAUGAGAUUUUACAAGAUAAAAAGCAUUUUUCACUGUCAUUUUUUUCAUAAUGUCUUUUUUCACAAUGGCUUUUUUUUAUUUCAUGUUUUUCAGCACAAUGAAUUGUCUUCUGUCAAUCAAAUACAUAAGGCGGAGUUAGUUGAGUGAUUGGCUGGAUCAUGGAGUGUGACCUUUAGCAUUUGGUACUGUCUGGUAGUUAGCAUUUGGUAGCGUCCGUGAACUAUAAGGUCAACCUCCAGAAAGCAUCUCAUCGAAAACACACUGUUGCUGAAAUCCUCUAAGGCCUUUCAUGACAAUCCAACCUUAAUUCUGAAAGUGGCUCUACGAUACAGCCGAUCCCUCAACUGACUCCGCCUCACGUAUUUGAUUGACAGCACACAGUAAAUAGUGCUGGAAAAUGACAGAAUGAAAUUAAAAGGCCAUUGUGGAAAAAUACAUUAUGGGGGGAAAAAUGACUGUGAAAAAUGCUUUUUAGCUUGAAAAACCUCAUUUUGCUGAAAAAAGACAUGAUGAAAAGUUAUUGUGAAAAAUGGCAGUAGGAAAUAAACAAAAAUUGUAAUGUUAUUAAAUGUUGACCCCUUUAGGGUUCCAUACUUGGCCAGUUACGAACACAUUACUGUCACAUAAUUGCUCCUGCUAGUAACUGAAUUAAUUGAACGAGCAUCAGGCUCAAAACUAAAUUCAUAAUUAGGGCACAUGUUAGUAAAGGCACCAUUGUACUUACAUUUAAAUCUGCUUGUUUUUAAUCAGGAUUAAGCCCCAAAUAUUUUUUCCUUAACUACAGUGGACCCCUUCUAAAUUCCUGGUUUCUUUUCUCUGUUGGAUAGCAAAAAAAAAACCUGAAUUGCUGCCUUCUUAAAAUUGACAUGGGGGGAAAAAUACUUCCGCAGAUAAGCUAUGCCCCCCACCCCCACCCCAAAAAAAAGUUGAUGUGAAUUUGUGAAUGCCGAACCACAAAUACAGUGGGGUCCAGUGUAAAUGUCCAAAUAUACAAUUUUCAGUUAAUUCCCAUGGAAGGCUUCCACCUUAUCGAGUGAAAAAUUACUAAAGUCAUGCAUCCCUAAUAACAAUAGUCCUGAAAUGUGUUUACAUGACAGAGUACUUGAAUGUUUUUUGCAACCCCCUUCCCCAAAUACAGCUUUUUUUUUUUUGUAUAAUAUAACACUUCUCUGAAAAUGUGCCUCAGUGGGAAUGUGUUAUUGUGAAACCUAAGAAACAUUUUUCUUUUUUCUAAUGUUUUGCUUUAAUAAUCUUUUGUGCUAAGUGGUGGAGUCAGUGUUAUGUCGGUCACUUUUAAGAUAUUUUGAGGGGGGGAAUGGGGUGUGUGAAAGAGCUUAACUGGGGUCUGGGUGUUUAGACAAUGAGGAAAAUUGGAUGUUAAAUAUUUUUGUAUUCAUUUUAGAUGGCAAAAAAAUCCAACACGCGUGUUCAUUUUAAUUUUGAGAAGAAGCUUUUUGCAGCUCUUCUCUAUGUUUAAAGACUAAACUAGCGUCAUGUUUUUCUUCAAGUGUGCAAACUAGUUGAGACUGAAUCAACUGAACCUCAGCUGGUUGCUGCCAAUUACUGCGCUUUAUUUUGCAUUAGUCAAGCAGCACUGUGGAUUUAGUGUGGUUAGAUUGUCUGCCUUAAAGUUCUGGGGAUUGAACUACGGCUCGGGGCCUUCAUAUUUGAAGUCUUCAUGUUAUACGGCUUCCUCCCACAAUCUUAAAAACAUGCACGUUAGGUUCAUUGAAGUGCAGUUGUACAUUGACUUACAAGCCAUUGCUUGGUCAUGUUUUUGUUUUUUGUUUUCUUUGUUAUUUCAAGGCCCCGAAAAUAUUUGGUUUGAGUAAGCUUCUGAUAAGCCCUGCAUUUCACUCUCAAGUUGUUAUAGACAUAAUCGUUCAGCUGAGUCACAGAGCAUAUUGAACUGAAUAAAUUAAGGCCCUACUUUAAACUAUAGUUCUGUGUUAAAAAGUUUGCAACUUCCUUGCUAUGUUGUUUAAUUGAAGACUCCAAAUUUCUCAUAAAUAUUAAUGUGAAUGGCUGUCAAUUGGCAGGGUUUACCCCAAAUCUCUUGACCAGAGUCAGUUGGGAUAUUCUCCAAAUACCAUUAGGUUAUGGAUGGACAUGAUUAGUCAACAAUAAAUCCCAUGCAAUCCAUUAAACGACAACAACAAUGCACCUCCGUGAAGUUGGCCCCCUAUCAGAUGCAAAUGUAUAUAAAAAUGAUGUUAAUCGUUUGUGCUAUAAAAAGUUUUGUUUGUUUUUGUCGUUUUUAAGAUAUUUACAAUUCUUUUAUGGGUCAAUUUGAAGUCAACCAGCUCCACAUUUUGAUUACAAAUGGUGUCAUUCGUUUAUGCUUCGUUUGUGCUGUAGUUUCGUUUGUACUGCUAUCGUUUUUGAGACAUUGAGCUAUUGAUUUCGAGUGAUGACAUCACUCAGCCCCCCAUUUAUUACAAAAUGGUACAUUUGUUUAUGCUGUAAAAAAAAAUUGUGCUAUCGUUUCGUAGACAUUGAGAUAUUAAUUUCGAGUGAUGAUGUCAAUUGCAACGGAGGGGCUGCGAUUGACGUCAUCACUCGAAAUUAAUAUCUAUAAAACGACAGCCGCACAAACUAAAAUGUUUACAGCACAAACGUAGCAUAAACAAAUGGCACAAUUUCGGGUCCAUUUCGCAAUAAAUGGGGGGCUCCAUGACAUCACUCAAAAUUGAUAUUUCAAUCUGAAAAACCAUGGCAGCAGAAACUACUUUUACAGCACAAACGUACCAGAAACAAUCGACACAGUUUUUAGCCAUUUUUAAUCAAAUGGGGGGGCUGGAUGACCCCAGAUUGACCUAUAAAAGAAUAUCUCAAAACGAUUGCAGCACAAACUAAUUUUUUUCCAGCACAAAUAACAUUUUUAUAUAAAUUUGCGUCGGUUGGGGGCCCAAAUUCACGGAGAUCAAUAAUGCCCCUCUCUAUUUUGAAUCUUCUCUACUGAUUUAUUUGUGUUGUACCUUUUCUCCUAUUUUCCAAGAUGUUGGAUGUGUUACCAGUAGAACUUGGGACUUUGUGCACAAGGACCUUUUAGUGAAUUGCUGUGGCUGCAUGAGGCCAAGUCACGAUAACCACAUGUCAAGUGCCUUCCCUGCGACUGUGCCAAGUGACGAGCCCUCCUUUCUCUGCAGUGCGUCUCUAUGGCAAUCAGAAAGUUUUAUUUCUUAGCCUUUACUUAGGUCGUUUUCCAAUCACGCCCAAUGUCCAGGUACUGCGGUGAAGAAGCCAUGUGUGACGUUGUUUAGUUGUUCUGCUUUUCCUUAAUGGUGUAAUGAGAACUUUUUAUUGUGGUGAUUCUACUUUUGGACAAAAAAAUCUGUGAUGAACCUUGUCAGUUUUGAGACUUGUAUUACAACAACAAAAAAUGCAUUUUAUGUACCAAUCAGUUUUGUGCUUGUCUUACUUGUAAUUUAUACUCACUUUAAUUAGGCACAACUUGAUGCAAUCCACUAAGGUAACUUAAGUUUAUGUCUGAGUGUGAUGAUUGUGCCAAAUUGAACAUUUAAUUCAUACUAAUAGAAUAGGAAAAAUAGUUCAUUAUUAUGCUUUAACGUGAGGUUUUACAUUAAAAUGGGGGACAGAUCAUUAAAACGGCAAAUUUAUCACUUUGUAGUGUAACAUGUUAAAAAAUAUUAAUAUGACGUUAUAAUGUGACACUAAACCCUUUUGUACAAAUGAACUGGAAUGUAAUGUAAGCGUGAAGAAAAGUACGUUCAUUUUUAUUUUAAUAGAGUGCCAUUUGUGUCCCCAGUAUAAAUGAAGCUGUAGUUUCACUAAAGUUGGACAAGUACUCAAAUUUUUGUGUGUGUGUAUUAUCAGUUGCCGUCUAGUAUAAAUUCAAGUGUACAGGCUCCUAAAUUUUAUUUUCAAAUUUUAAUUUACUUCUGUCCAAUGUUUAUGGAAUUUUGCUCUGUUGCCAAUUUGUUUCAUUCAAAUUCAGUCUAUAAAAUAACUAAUGUAAGUAGAAAAAAAAAAUCCAAAAUAAUUAUGAUUUUAUUGUCUUUAUUCAUAGUUAGUCCCUAGUAUCACUGUCCACUCUGUUGUGUUAGUGUCCCUUUCGAAAAUUCCCCAUUUAUUAAUGACACCUCUUCAGUGUUUAUAUAAAAUUCAAAAUUCAACUGUGGUAAGCAAUUUAAAAAAAAAACUCCUUUAAAAAUCAGAUGUUGCAGUUUUAUGAAGUAAGUUUAGUGUAGUUGAUCAUAACGUGUCCACUCGGUUAAAGGAUGUUAGAUAUUGUGUUAGCAAAGCUAGGCUGAGGAUUAACUAACAAAAUGUCCCCACUUGUUUCGACCGUUACGUCCAAAUGGCACUCCAUUUAAAAAAAUAAAAAAGACCUGUAAACUAACAAAUGCAGUCAAGGAAAGUAAGCAAUCUCACUAUACAGUAUACAUUUAAGGCUCAACUUGAUUAAAACAAUUUAUUGGUACAUUCCUGAUUAACAGAUCACAUUAAGUAGUAUAAUGAGUUUAAAAAAAAAAAAAAAAAAAGGGGGGCUUGUAUCACUUGCUUUUAGUGUGAAAGAAACCGUGCCAAACCAUGUACAAUGAUAAUUUACAGCCCUAUUUAGAUCCCUUCACACACAUUUUUUUUUUUUUUUUUUAAAUUAUGGGGGUCUUGAGUCCAGAUUUUGGUUAGGCCAUUCUAAAUGUUUUUUUGUGGUAAAACCGUCAUGUUAAAAGGUCAAAUCGGUUUAUAAUGAACUAGGGCUGCAGCUAUUGAUUAUUUAAAUAAUCGAGUAAUCGGAUAAGGAACAUUUCAUUCGUUGCAGAAUCAAUUUCAAGAGAUGUAAAAGGCUUGCUAAUUUUGCAGUUCCACAACAGCAUUAAAUGCGACUAAAAAAAGAAACUCCAGAGUUUUUUCAAAAUAUGCAGGAUUGCAUUUCCAUUUUACAAGAGCAAUAAAUGCAUUUAAAAAUAAAGUAACUGAGCCUCAAACGGUAUAAAAUAAUAAACAAAUAAAGAUGCAGCUACAAGAGAACUGGCAAACUUGCAUAGCAAAAGUUAGCUAGCUUAAAUGCUAUAAAAUAUAAUAUAAAAUAUAAAUUAUAACUUUUUUUUACAAUGCUCUUAACAAAUCGUUUAAACACAAUAUUUCCCAGAAAACUGUUAAUUACACAUCUAAACUAAAUAACGAAUUCAUAAUCACAUUAGCACAAACAAAAACUUACAACCUUAUGCUGGUCUUAACAGGGAGCAGGUGGAUCCAGCCGUGUAAGAUGAGUUAUGUCAUACUCACUGUUGCCACUAGAGGGUUAUGUAUCUACCCAAAUCAAUAAAACUAAAUGCAAACACUGCACAGUGCCACUCUAAUUAAACGACUCCUCGAAGCAGCAAAAAGUAUGAUUUGAAACUUUUUUUUUUUAAUUGAAUUAAUCAAUCGGUUAAUCUUUGCAGCAUGAUAUUUUCCCUCACUUGGAAAGUCCCCGAUCUGAUUACAUUUUCAUAAAUUUGGCAUAAUCAGUGUUGCCAACUCACCAGUAAAGAAAGUAGUUAUUUGCAGUCAAGUCGCUAGAUGACAUCAUCACCUAAUUUGCGUGUAAUUGUAAUGGAUGCUGUAUGAGAGAGGGAUAACGUUGUGGGAGAUGCAAAAUGUUAGU